AUGGACGAUCAUGAGCCUGUAAAAAGUAGUAGUCAUUUAAAACCAAAAGAUUCAAUUCGCUGUUUAGUCGUUGGAGAUGGAGCUGUUGGAAAAACUUGCUUGUUGCAUGUCUAUGUAAAUGGCACAUUUCCGGAAACUUACGAACCAACUGUAUUCGACAAUUAUGCGGUCUCAAUCAAACAUAAUAAAAAACAUUAUAACAUGGAACUCUAUGACUCUGCUGGUCAAGAAGAAUGGGAUCAACUGAGAAUGAUGAUGUAUCCUCAAACAAAUGUAUUUCUUGUUUGUUAUUCAUGUGUUCAACCGUCCAGCUUUGAUAAUGUCGAAAAAAAAUGGAUACCUGAACUUCAACAAUAUGCACCAAAAGCUCUUAUUAUACUUGUUUGUACAAUGAUCGAUCUACGUAGUAAUCGAGAACAUAUUGAACGUUUAAAAACUGUCGAAAAAACUCAUCCAAUUAAUCAACAACAAGGUAUGAAUUUAGCACGAAAAACAAAUUGUGAUGGUUUUAUUGAAUGUUCAUCCAUUAUACAAUUUAAUGUCAAUGAUGUUUUUACUACUGUUGUUAGUUUAUUUCAUAAAAAAGGUUAUCGACGUCUGAAACGAAAAUCUUCAUCAUCGGAACAUCGAAAACUAGGCAAUUCAUGUAGAACUAUUUGUUGUUGUACAAGUAGUAAACAGUCGACUAUGGAUGAUGAAUGA